CACACUGACACACAGUCAGAGCGGAGCAGAGCAGAGAGGAGCUCUCUCCAGAUCGGUGCCAGACGCACGGAGGACUUUUGUUUUUGCGCCACUUGAACAGAGGUUUUCAUGAACUUUUGAUUUAGAAUAGCUCUUCAAUCACUCUGGAGUGGUGUCGAGUUUGGAAUUUAUUAUUUUGCUUUCUUAUUUUUGUGCCUGAUUGGAAUAUUUUCCGGUUUUAAACUUGGAUACGGUCACGACGCGCAGAAGUCAUACGGAAAGUCCCCCGCAGGAUCGUUUCCUUUCCACGGAGGAGCGCGCAGCAGCUGCUCGACGCGCUUCAGGAGAGACAGACUUGUCAGUGCGUCUUCGUCCGGGCUGUUUUUUUUACUGCAUUGAGCCGUCCCAGAGAUGGUGGGGCACCUACAUUUACAAGCGAUGGAUGAUAGCCUGAAAGGAAAGAACCGAGAAGGGCUGCUCGACAGUCCUGAUUCGGGUCUGCCCCCAAGUCCCAGUCCGCCCUUCUGCUCCCUGUCCCCGGGUCUGAUCGAGUCGCGCUCCGGCAGCUGCACGACGCCUGUCGAAAGCCAUCAUGGAUUUUAUAAAAAGGAAAGCAGAGAGGGCAAACUGCUGCCCUACCUGCUGCUGAACUCCACGGGGACGGACCCAAAGACUCGUAUGCACCCCGUGUUCUUUGGAGAAAGCAUCGAGGUCAACCCCAAACCAGAGCAGGAGAUCAAGUGUAACUCUGAGGUCAAGUAUGACUCCGACAAGCACUACCAGGACCAGGUCUACUGUGCCCCUGUUCCCACUGCAACCUCCUUCAGUGAGACAGUGGUGGCUGUGCAAGACUGCACCUGGAGGAGCUACAAGUCUCAGGUGUACCUGGAGCCACGGCAGAAACCAAUCAGCUACCGGAGCACUACCAUCAUCUACCCAAAACACGCCAAGAACACUUAUCGCACCACACUCAACUACAACGCCACAGGGUCCCGCCGCUGGUUCGUCUCCACGGUGCAACUGGAGUCGAGCGAGGACACAAGUCCCUGCAUCAUCUACACCGAGGACCUGUAGACUUCCUGGUCUUUGGUUUGUUUUGUUUUGGAGGACAAGGAACUUUGAAGGCCUGAAUGAAAAGGGAAAUACUUCACACCUGGAGCCCUGUUCUCUUCUAAUGGUGGAAACUCUGGGACCCCUUCAGUGAUUCUUCACCUGAGUGUAUUUAGACUCUCUUCUGAUGCAGUCUUUAAAAAGGGGGAGGUGGUCCUCUGGCUGUUUCAAUAGUUAAUGUCUUAUUUAACAUAAGAGCUGACAAAUUGGUGGCCUUUGUUCUCCUUCAGGUUGGAGAUUGAGAGUGGAAAUAGAUAGGGUUAGUGUUUUUUAUGUAGAGGACGUCAAAAUAUGUGUUGUGGAUUUAAGAUGAGUCACACCAAUGCAAAGCUUUCUAAAGUGGCUUUAUUGCACUUGUUUUCUGAAUAUCAACUGUCCUUUCAGUGGACUUGACAUUGCAGGGGGGGUUAUUUCAGUGCUGCGUUUGGAAAAAUUGGACCAAAGAUAGUUAUUUUUUGGAACAACUCUUUAAUCAGGCAUUUAAAAAGCCUGAAACAUACAUUUAAUUUACAUGGGCAGAGUAGUCUCCAGGAAGAGGGCUGGUGUUUAAUUAAAAGGUUAAAAAAAAGAUCAAAUCAAGUGAAAUAAUUGAGAACAGGGUGUAUUUAAGCCUUUAAAGAUGUGGUUUCAAAUCUUAACUUUUGAGUAUGUAAUGUUCAGAGAUUGUUCAGUUAAAUGGGUUUUCAUUUUUACAAGUAGUUUUUCAUUUGUGUAGAAUCACUUGGAAGUAGUCUUGACAAACAUAGCCUGUUAUUUUGACUUCCAUCUUUUAACAGUAGCCCUAAUGGGACAAUCCAAAUAGUGGCUUUGGGAUGGGCCUUUCUGGUUUUCAAAGGUCUUUUCUGGUCACUUUUCGCCAAAGUCCGCCGACAUAUUUUAAGCACGAUUAUAGCCCAGUCUGGUUGUCCUAGGGUCUAUCAGCCCUGAAAAUCAGUCAUUUUAACCGAUGUAGUGAAUGACAAUCAAUGCCAUAUGUGGGAGUCUAGUAUGUUUGAUUUUUCUGCCGUAUGAUGAUUUGUGAAGUUGACCAAUUUGUGAAAAACCUGUGCUAACCCUAGCCUAACCAAAGUGAAAGAGUACUAAUGAAGUUAGUGCUUGCUGCUUUUAUAUGAUCCAUCACAGAGGAACAACCAUGACAGACUGAAAAAGAGAAAUGUUGUGAGAAAUAGCAUUAGCAUUGAGCAUUUGCAUCAAGCUAAUAUCAAAAACUUUGUAUAGACAAACAAAUACAGUAUAGCUCAGUUAAUUCAGUGUUUGUCUUCCUCCCCAUGUCAUCACAUCGGCUGUGAUUGCCGUGUAGCACGCAGUCUGUCGUGUCUGUUGGUCAAGUCAUGACAAGAAUUAAAACGGCUCUGUGAUCACCCAAUCUGACAGUCAGACGCUCCAUGCUCCUUUACAUGUUUCUCACUAACAUUAAAAAUCAUACUAGGUUAGAUAAACUCAGUUUGAAUGCCACCCCCAAUUUUAACACUUUGUUGAAGACACUUGGGUUACGAUCUUUCUAUUUCAUGGCCUCUAGCAGCUGAAGACGUGCAGAGCAACGAUUAACAUAGGGGGGAAAUAUCAGAGUCAUUAUUUAUUAAGAUUUUAAAUUCAGUGAAUCUGCUUUAUUUGGGCUGUGGUUGUGAUGGACCACAUCAUCUGCAGGAAUAUUGAAAAUAUGAGCUUUUAAGGAUGACAGUCAUUGCUUUGUUGGUUUCUGUUUCUGUCAGUUUUUAACCUACUUUUGUUCCAGUUUUUUAAAACACAACAGAACCAGGAAAGACAGUUUAAUUUUUAACAUCUCUUUGUUGCUGUUGCAAUGACCCUUACUCGUAUCCACAAUGAGAUGUGGGAACGCAAAACUAUUUUCAACCACAGUUAUCUGGAUGGUUUGGCGCUAUGAGUGGGCUUUUAAAAGGUUGGGGCUGUUUUGGAUUACAUUGCACCAGCUAUUUGUAAAUCCAUUGUUAAAGUUCCUGCAUGAAGUACGUGAGCCAAAGGACUGUGACAAAAACAUUUUUGCCAGGAAAAAACUCUACAUUGAAAACCAUUAAGAAAAACACAAGGGUUGAAGUCAUUGUAGCAUCCAAAUUCAACCUCAUUUCCUACACGAAUAGGAAUGUAAGAAAACAAACAAAACGCUAAACUUUACCAUUGGUCAUUGUUAUAGCCUUACACACCAUAGAGACUGUUUUGUAGAUCCAUUGCAUGGAUAUAGUUCACAUUCAUCUGGGAAAACUCCCAUAAAAAGCAUUAGGAAAGGGCAGGACUUUUUCAAAAACUUCUCGGAAGGUGAUUGGACAAACAAUCUGUCUGUUAUUCAUUAUGGGCCAAUCAGAGCAACAAGACAAAAUGAGGUUGUAGGCAUGAGCAGCUCCAGUGCUAACCUGAGUUGUACAGGCUAGCACUGUGUUCAAAUAUUAUGGAGGCUGUCAGUGACUAAAACUUAUGCAGAAGCCUUUUGGGAGAUGUGGAAAAAAACCUAUUCUGUAAAAACAUAUACUAUAGCUACAUCUAAGCUAAUUGCUACACCAGUGGCAGCCAUUGCUAUCAGCUCACAGUACAGCUAAACUGUUUUUGGGUCGGGCACAUAUGCUGUAGAUUGGAGCUUUGCAAGACUGAUCGAUUACCUUAAACUUUGUUUAGUUGGACAGCAUGUACAUGGAGACUUUGGGGCUUUACACUGUUAGCAUUCAUAAGAUAUCCAAAUAAGCUAACCUAGCAUGGCUUGGUAGUUUGGUAUUCAAGACUUUAAUCAUUUGAAGCAUGUUGUGACAUUUAGUCAAAUAUCUCUUUAUUUUAACGUUUCAAGACAUCAUGCUACUUAUUUGCUAUUUCAGUCUAAAAUGUUUAAAAGCCUUGUUAGCAUUAGCUUGUCAUUUAGUUCUGUCUUGCUAACAGUUAGCCAAUCAUAUCAAAUGCUACCAGUUUUUUUACAGGGACUAAUUAAGGGCUUCAGGCAGAAUUACUAAAUCUCAUUUACUUAACAUUUUGUUUGAAAUUACAAAUAGCUGGUGCAACCAUUUUACGCUGUUUUCGGGUACCAAUAUCUGGCAGUUUUUGAAUAAAUAAAUCAGUGACUUGCAAAAAAUGGAAGCAGAGAAACCUGAGUUCCCUGCUGAAAAUGUAAAAUAGAUUUUUAUUGAGCAUUUUAAGGAGUUUUUGUAGUUUCUGUCUUAUGCACUCACUGGCCUCUUUAUUAGGGACAAUGUCUGACCUUUGACAGACAAUUAAAGAUGAACUACAGAAGAAUUUACAGUACAGCAGAGCAGGUCUUGUACAUUUGACCCCAGUGAAGAGGCUGGGGAUACAUGAUAUACAUAUAUGUGUUACUCACCGAUGGUCACUUUAUUAGGUAUACCUGUUCAGCUACUGAUAAUGCAUUUUGAAUGGCAGGAACCAAUUCAAGCAGGCAUAGUAAAGUCAAUCUGCUGGUGUUAAAAUGCUGAAAAAAGAUGAUUUAUGUGACUUUGAGUGUGCCAUAGUUGUUGGUGGUCUGGCAGGCCGCAGAAAAAUCGAGUCUCAUUAGACCAGGCAAUUUUUUUUUCCAAUCUUCUUUUCCCCAAUUUUGGUGAUUGGCUGAUUAUAUAUUUGCGUUAAUGUGCAGUUGAACACCUAAUAAAGUGACCGUUACUGUGUAGAUAUACACACAAGAUAAAAGACUAAUGAUCAUGGUAAAUACUGAAACUUUGGACUUUUACCUCAAACUGUCUUAGAUCUGAGAUUUAUUUCAUUGCAGAUGUUUUCCCGACUUAUAGUUAAAGUCUUGAGUUGCGUUGUUGAUAUUCUAUUGUUUAAACCCAGCGGUUCAGAGUGAAGGUAGGAGAGACUUAGAGGGCACAAAGCUGAGAUGAUGAAUCAGUGCUGUUAGCUGGUGCUACGUUUUAAAGAGGGAACAGUAAGUGAAUAAUCAAAGAGCAAAAAACAGGAAAAGUCAAAUCUGCUCUUUUGAAAGGGAAUUUAAAGAUGAGGAAACUAUUCUAAAGAUGGCUUCAUACCAAAGAAGUUGUGAUUGUGGUGAGCUGAUGGAGUUCUGUUAUGUGUUGAUGGUCUGUGAGAUGUUAUAAAGGGAUGAAAGAAGCCUGGUGGGUGUUUAAUAUGUUGUUGGUUUUAUGUGAGAUACUUUGGUGUUUCUGAACACUUGAUUUUAUAACUGUAAGAUAUUUUCCUGUUGUAUAUGUGGCAUCGAGGCACUUCAUAAUUCUCUUUAUAUUUUUGUACGUCAAUCAUUGCUCCUGUUCUGAUCUAAGGAAAUAAUUUAAAAAGAUGUAUAUCCUCACUGAAUAAAAAAAAGAAUUC